AUGUCCCGCAAAUUCAGCAUUCAUCCUGCGUGGCCUCAUUUCCUAGGCCUGUUUUCGAUUCUAACCGCGUUCCUGGCUGGAAUAUUUAGAUAUGCUCUACUCGACCUUGCCGAUCCCCUUCAUUGCGAUGCACUCCUGAACACUGGAACGUGGCUAGACUCUUCCCAUCGCAACUGGCAGCCCGAUGGAUGUAUGCUACACUCAUACGGGCCAAAGGACGGAGCGACAUGCUUAGCAUCGCGGGACGUGGCCUUCGUUGGGGAUUCUGUAACUCGGAAACUAUUCUUCCAAUUUGCCCGCAUUCUGGAUUCAACACUGCCAUCGGAAACGGAUAAAGAGGACAAGAAACAUCAAGACCACGAACUCCAAACGACCAACGGCACGAAACUAAAUUUCUAUUGGGACCCUUUUCUCAACGGAACAUACAUCACCACGGCUCUGGAAGCACACCUGAGAAAUGGCAAAGCGCGCCCUCCUGCCCUACUGGUCUUGGGAUCUGGUUUAUGGUACUUGCGUUACGCAGCCACCUCUGGUGGAAUCCCUGCAUGGGAGGCCAACAUCGAACAAGUAUUCCUCAAGCUAUCGAAAUCCAAGACCAUUGCCGAUUCGGUUGUCAUCCUCCCCGUGGAAGAGCUCGUUCCUUCCAAACUAUCGGAAGAAAGAGCAAAAACGAUGCACCCCUCUGACAUAGACGCCAUGAACUCCGACCUCUACCACCGUGUCGCCCGACUUUCCCCCAUUUUCACCCAGCACGACUCAUUCCAAGUCCAUCUACCUCUGGUCUUCAACGACAUGCUUGAUCCGUCGGCUACCGAAGAUGGAAUACACUACUCAGACCCACUCGUGAAGAAACAGGCAGAAAUUCUACUUAACCUUCGCUGUAACGAUGUUCUUCCAAAGAAAUUUCCCUUCAACAAAACAUGCUGCAAUAGUUACCCUUGGCCCAACUACGUCCAUUCGUUCCUUCUCUUCGCCAUCAUUGUCUCGGCACCCUUAAUUUGCUAUCUCACCGCAUCCCCCGGAACCCGAAGCGUAAUGCUCAACGCUACCAACCCUUCUAACCUGCCAUUGCUUGUGUUGAGUGGCGGUCUUAUUGCGAUCUACCUGUCAGAUCGUUCGUGGUUAUGGUUGAAGGAACACAAGCAAUUCGAUGCCAUAAACUUCACCUUCCUGUGCCUUCUGGCUGUCGGCAUUGGCCUGGCCUCUCUUAAACGCGCGGACAACGAUCUAGGAUUCUUGAAUAGGGAUCAGACCGAUGAGUGGAAGGGCUGGAUGCAACGUGCUUCAAAGGUGUCUGGAAUCUACAAUCCCAUACGAGUCCUUGUGGCUUCAUAUUUGUUCAUGACUGGUUAUGGACAUACCACAUUUUACCUACGCAAAGCAGACUUUGGAUUUAAGCGUCUAGCCCAGGUCCUGAUUCGGCUCAACCUACUCACCGUUCUCCUUGCCUAUGUCAUGGACACUGACUACAUCUCCUAUUACUUCUCUCCACUCGUUUCGAUGUGGUACCUCGUCAUCUAUGGGACCAUGGCCAUCGGCUCUCAACUAAACUCGCGCACGCCAAUCUUACUCCUGAAGAUCUUGGUCUCGGCAACCCUGAUGACAUCCUUCAUGUGGAAGUCGCAACCUUUGGAAGCUGUCUUCUCCUUUUUGGAGCUGAUUUUUGGCAUUAGGUGGUCUGCUCGAGAAUGGUCAUUCCGAGUGAAUCUUGAUCUUUGGAUCGUGUAUGUGGGGAUGCUCACAUCGAUCUUCGUUGUCAAAGCUCGCGAAAACCGGUUGACCGAUCACCGUUUAUGGCCCUUGACCACCAAGAUUGCCAUCGGCGGUUCCAUCCUCGUGUUGGUCUGGUUCUUCGCCUUCGAGCUCUGUCAAGAUUCAAAAUUCACCUACAAUCGCUGGCACCCGUACAUCUCACUCCUUCCCGUUCUGGCGUUCGUGAUUUUGAGGAACGCAAGCGUCAUCUUGCGGUCCGCUUCCUCACGCGCAUUCGCCUUUGUGGGGAGGUGCUCCCUCGAAACCUUCAUCAUUCAAUACCACUUUUGGUUGGCGGGGGACACUAAAGGUGUUCUCCUUGUCAUUCCAGGGACACGCUGGCGGCCUGCCAACUUUGUCCUUACCUCCAUCAUGUUCCUUUACCUGUCGGAUCGGAUGGCAUGGGCGACAAACCAGGUUACAGCGUGGAUCUGCAGCGAUGGUGCACCAGCACCUCCGACAUCUCUCCCCAAUCCCGUUUCGACAACGAUUCAACCUCGUGGAACCAGUACUGCGAACCAAAUCGACAGAGAACCUGACAGCGAGCACGUUCAGGAAGUCGAACUGCCAUUGCUUCAAUCGAAGGAGGGUGAAGAUCGGAUAGUCGAACCAGAUACACCAAUUCGGCCUUCACGUCGCUGGAUAGACCGACUGGCAGAACAGCCUUCGAAUCGCGAGUCAUCUUCAGGGUUCCUUACCGGCAAUUGUCGGGCUCUGGGGCUGAAAGGAAGGGUAUUGGGUGCUUUGCUUGUGAUGUGGACAUUAAAUAUAUUAUGGUCAUAUGUAUAG